AUGAUUCGUUCAAGCAUUAUUGCUAUGUUAUCGAUUUGUGUCGCUUGUUCGUUUUGUGGACAAGACUUCGUCUCGCUUGGUCGCCAUUCGUGGCAAUGUAAACAACGGAUUAAUCACGCUGAGCAAGACCGCCCUAAUAUUACAUCGAGAGAUGUGCCUGUUAUGCAGUCACCUAAUGUUCCUGUACCAAGCCGCACUGUUGUUAAGUGUUGUUGUGGCAAGAUAUGCAGAGGUGCGCGUGGCCUUAAAAUGCAUCAGCGUAGUUGUCAAGUGAUACAUGGCCUUAACGACGAGCUGUCUGCUGACCUUGAAGAGCAAAUAACGACGGAUAACACUGCAGAUACCACCGAAAAUGACAAUUCUAUUAACGACAUUGAUAUGACAAAUGACGAAAGUUUUCCCGAACUGAAACAAGGCAUAAAUUUACCGAAAAAUGACUCUGGGUGGCAAACGGCUAAUGAUUAUUUUAAAUGUGCGCUCCAGUUAGAUGAUCCAAUCAGAAUGCGAGACGUGAACUCAAAGAUCGAGCUUUUGAACGACGUUAUAUAUAACUACUUUGCUGAUAACUUUGGACAUAACGAAACGGUACCUGACAAAAACAUGGUUACUAAAUAUAAAGAAUAUACUGUAAAGGAGUUAAAGAAAGCCUUGCAAAAUUUAAAAUCCAACAAAGGUGACCUUAGUGAAAUUAAAUACGUCUCCCGCACAUUGCGUGAUAAGCUUCGUAAUAAUAACAAGGAUGGGCUAACCUCUGAUAGCAAUGAGUCAUUCAAUCAUGACAAUUAUAUCGGACGGAACUUUUGGGGUUAUAUUAAAAACGUUAUCAAUAAGAAGGACUCAAUAUUACCAUCAUUUAACGUGACAGAUUGCUUUACUUAUUUUUCUAAAUCUCUGGCUAAAAUUAACCCCAAUAGACUGUUUAACAUUCCCAGCUGGAUACCAAAGUUAUCUGAUCCCGAAGUUCAAUUCAACCUUGACCCCCCGACUUAUCAACAAAUUACUAAUGUGAUACGUAAAAUGAAAUCGUCUGGCUCUCCUUGUCCCCUUGAUCAGCUUUCGAUAAUAUGUUUUAAGCGAUGUCCUUAUCUGAGAACUUACCUCAGUGAACUAAUUCAUGAAGUGUGGCUGUCUGGAACUGUCCCGAAUGAGUGGAAAAAAGCCUGUACUAUAUUAAUACAUAAGAAAGGUAACACUGAUGAUCCGUCAAAUUUCCGUCCCAUAACACUUGAGUCUAUACCAUUAAAAGUAUUUACAUCUUGUCUUCGAAACGCAAUAUAUUCCUUCCUCGCAUCAAAUAACUUUAUCGAACACGGCAUACAAAAGGGCUUCACCCCUAACCUAUCUGGCACUCUAGAACACACUGCGCAAAUGGCUGACAUUAUCAACAAAGCCCGGAUCAGACAACGUGCUGUUGUCAUCACCUUACUUGAUCUGAAGAAUGCUUUCGGCGAAGUCCAUCAUAAUCUCAUCCAAUCAGUACUCGACUACCACCACAUCCCAGAACACAUAAAAUUCGUUAUAAAAAGUUUAUACACUGAGUUCCAAACCUCAAUAAUUACCUCCGAAUUCCGCACCCCUUUUAUAUCUGUUGGCCGUGGCGUAUUGCAAGGAGAUUUCCUCAGUCCUCUUCUUUUCAAUAUGUGCUUCAAUACUUUUAUCCAACAUAUCAAAGCUGAAAAGUACCGUCAGUUUGGCUUCUCCUUCAAGCUAUUAAAUCCUAUCCACUGGUUCCAAUUCGCUGAUGACGCAGCCGUAAUCACUGGCCAAGAAUCUGAAAACCAGCACCUUCUAAAUCGUUUUUCCAUCUGGUGCCAAUGGUCCAAUAUGAUUAUCAGAGUCGAUAAAUGUAGUACCUUUGGCAUCAAGAAAGCCAUCACAAAAUCAGUCCAAUAUUUGCCGAAACUCAUCAUCAGCAAUAAUCUGAUACCAACAGUAAAGAUUGGAGAAGCAUUUCAAUAUUUAGGACGUUACUUUGAUUUUAACAUGUCGAACGAUAACCAUAAGACUGAACUAACCACUCUCGUUAACGAACUAAUGACUGAUAUUGACUCGAAGCCACUCCACCCAAGAAAUAAGCUUCUCGUAUACAGUCGUUAUGUCUUAUCCAAAAUAUCGUGGCAUUUCACCAUCGCAACACUUUCUAAAACAUGGGUUAUUGAAAAUAUUGAUCCCGUAGUCAACCAGUACAUCCGUAAAUGGCUUGAAAUUCCAAUCUCAGGAACACUAAGUACUGUUUUUCUAACUCGCAACAAAUUUGGUCAAAGUAUAUAUCCUCCAUCGGUGAAAUUUAUCCAAUGCCAAACAGUUCUUCGAAAAGCUUUAAAACUUUCUCCAAAUCAAUCAAUCAACGAACUGUGGAAAUCUACUAAUACUCAUACUAAUAUCCAAUACGACUUUUAUAACUCAACCAAAGAAGUGCUUAAAGACUUUCGGUCUGAACAUGAAGAUAAACUCCAAUAUCAAUUAACUUGUCAGGGAUCCUUUUUCUCUAGU